CGUACACCCUCCUCCGUUGCGCCGGUCCGACCCGUCCAGAGCUCAGCCAUGGGACUGCACAGUGUGGAAGAGAUGGUGACCGGGAAGAGGUCGGAGGUCAAAGAGGCCGCCGACUUCCAGGUUGGCGAGUACGAGGCGGCCGUCGACCGGGAGAAACGGGACGACCGGCGCUCCCACCGGGAGCUGGAGGUGGGCGGAGCUCUGCAGGAGGAGGGCGACAGCGGCAGCGAGCAGGAAGAGGUCAGCGUGGCCGCCCUGAACACGGACCGGAGCGGCCGACUGAAGCUGGAGACGGUGGACGACCUGUUCAACAUCCUGCAGCUGAGGAAGAGGAGGAGGGAGAGGAAGGCCCCCGUCCACAAGAAGAAGGAGCCGGAGCCCGAGAGCAUUCCAGAGAUCGUGGACGAGCAGCUCUUCCUGAGAGCAGUGAUGGAGAACAAGCUUCCUGUGGUGGAGAAGUACCUGGCUGACGGAGGGAACCCGAACGCAGCAGACCACUUCCAGAGGACCGCCCUGCACAAGGCGUCUUUCGGCGGAUAUGUGGAGGUGAUGAAGAGACUCCUGGAGAGCGGCGUCGCCAUCGAGAAGAAAGACAAGCUGGAGGCCACAGCUGUGCACUGGGCCUGCAGAGGAGGAAACCUGCCCGCCCUGCAGCUCCUCCUGGACCAGGGAGCCAAGUUCACCUCCAGAGACAAGCUGCACAGCACUCCUCUGCACGUGGCCGUGAGGACGGGACACUGCGAGUGUGCCGAGUACCUGAUCCACUGCGGGGCGGACGUCAACGCCAGAGACAGAGACGGAGACACGCCCAUGCACGACGCCGUGAGAAUCAACAGGUUCAAGAUGAUCAGGCUGCUGAUGAUGUACGGGGCCAGCCUCACCACCAAGAACGCCGAUGGCAAGACUCCGAUGGAGACGCUGUAUUCGUGGCAGAGCGGCGCCAAAAGCCUCCUGUGCAACUUCAGCGAGGAGAAAUCCAAACAGUAGAAGUGGGAAAGGUCCAGAAGGAGGUUUCAGCUGAGAGCCACAGGUCUCGUGUAUUUAUUGAAUCACACACUCCAGUCAAUCCAGGGAAGUCCGUCAGCCUCCCGGCUCGAUUCCGGGAUUUGAACCAUCGACCCUCGAGGCUCGUUCCCUGUGGUUCGAGCCAUGGCUCAAUAAUGUGAAUUCUAAUCAGGAUACCAUUGAUAAUGUGAUUAUUAUUAUUAUCUCUGAUUGAUUCAUUGAUCGCCAAAUAUUGCUGGACAAUGUCUCGGCUUUUCUUAACUCUUUAUUUCAAGCUGAGUUGAAGUCAGCGUGUUGAGUCGACGGGGUGACGUCUCGCACCGCCGUCCCAUUGAUCAGUUUUGAUUGAUUUAUUUCAGUAUUGUACACUUUAAUACUUGGGUGACUGUAGUUUGACUGUAGUUGGUUUGACACUUUAUCUGAUUUAACAGAUGGAAUUUAUAUUGUUAUUAUUUCUUUAACUAACAGAACUCACUGAGUUUAUUUCUACACACAUCUGAGCCUCCUGUUGAUUCACUCAAACAUUCAGAUGAGUUUAAAGUUCUUUGGUCUUAUGUUGCAUUUUGUUUUUGUUAAGCUUGACAGACGAGACUGGGCAGAGAAAGUUUUUUAUGUCGGGUUGAGAAAAAUCUCUUCACUCUCAUGUCUAAAAGUGCAACGAAAGACAUGACGAUAUCACAGUCAUGGGUCGAUUUCUGGAAAUUUUCCAAAGCCAUCGUCAUGAUUUCCACACAGCUGGACUAUUGUCAUGUUAGCAUUAGCAUUAGCAUUGCCUUUUGAACAAACAGAUUUAUGAACUAUUCACAAGAAGAAGAAGCAACCAGGCAGCUGAGA